AUGGAGAGGUUCCAGAAACUUAUUUUAAUUCCUCUCAUCUUAACUGCCUCACUACCAGGUCUUGGCUUUUGUUACUCUAUUAUAAAUGGCCCUACUAAUGCAACAGUCCUCGCUGGUUCAGAAGCCCGCUUUAAUUGCACUGUGUCAGUAGGAUGGCUGAUUCUCAUGUGGCUAUCCAAUGGAAAUCCUGUCCUCACUGUCCUCAGUUCUCAAGGAGCUGUUGAAACAUUAGACCGCUUCACCUCUCAAAAUUAUACCAGUAGCGACGCGUUUACCUCAGAGCUCAUCAUCCACAACACACAGCUGAAUGACUCUGGAAAAAUUGAAUGCAGCAUCCAGCAACCUGGUCAGAGCAGCUUUGCGUUUCUUUCUGUUCAAGUUAAUGGAUCUUUAUUCAUCAAAAAUAGCACCCUAACAGUAAAAGAGAACCAAACAGUUGAAAUUGUUUGUGAAGCCUUAGGAUGGGCUCCAGCUCCAGACAUUACCUGGAUGACAAAUGAUUCUUUCAUUGAUAAGUCGAGGUAUGUUACCCAGCAAAGUCAAGGAUCUAAUGACCUCCACAAUGCCCUGAGCAUCCUAACUUUGACUCCGACGGACACUGAGAUUUUGACUUGUUUAGCUGACAUAGAAGCACUCCCUAACCCUCAGAAUGCAACUGUAACUGUUGUUUUUGUCAACUCUACUACAGAAAAUGAUUACAGUGAAGACAACGGAAGCACGCGGGUUAUUGUACUUGCAGUUGUGCUUUCAUUUGUUGGUAUUAUUCUUCUGAUCAUUAUUAUUGCGGUUGUUGUACGCUGCUGCUGCCUAAAGAAGAAACGUAAGUGGACAUUCAUAAUUGGAUCUACGUAUCAAAAUGAAAUAAGAAAAGUUUCAGCUGAGAAGAAAAAAGACGGCGAUUUGGAAAACAGGCAAAGACAUGGUAGUGAAAAUCAGGGAUACAUUCCAGAGGAACUGGGGAACACAGAAAAAAUCCCAAGAAUUGCCUCUCUUCCCCCAGUGUCUUCAAAGUUCACUGUGCCUGCUGCAGAUUUACAUACCAGUUCUGUAUCAAAGGUGCGACCUCAAAGACGUACUGAUUAUCUGAUCAGCCCAAAGAAAAUUAGAAACGUGACACUUGUUUAG